CGGUUGGAAGAAAGUUAAAGGCAGCACCUUUUUCUUUCCCCCUUCCCCUUUCCCUUUCCCAACUCCACCAUUUUCUACCUUAAAAAAUCCAAAAAAACAUGACAGGAUCGCAGCGGCUGGAGAUUUCCGUCGCAAAAAAAGCACUAGAAGCCUAAUCCCAUUUUUUAACAGAAGUUUCCUUUUCUCCUCUUCCUUGGCGGUGUCUUCGUGGCGGCUACUUUUUGGUACGUUUCGGUUUUUGAUUGGCAGUUUUCCGUAAAUAACUCGACUUCUAGGGCUGUUUUUUGUGACGAGCAAGUUUACCGCCUAUACAAAAAGCUUCCGCUUUUUACUAUAAAACCGAGCUGACGACGUAGACACUCUCGGCCGCCGGAGCUGCCUAAGAUUCGUCCUCCAAGAAAAAGGAUUAAAUUAAAUUAAAAAAAUAUCUGGAAAACAAAAUUCUCCGAAUCUUCUCUUCCCGUUUCGCCCUCCCGAAGCCUCCAGAAUUUCCGAGGCGUCCUCGGCUUUGGCACUUCUCGCUGGCUUUUGGGGCAGCUGGAGCUCUCUGUAUUCGAAUUCAAUUUUUGUUCGGGAGUUUUUGGAUUCUGUUUUUUUUUUUUUUUUCUGGAGAGAGAGAAAAUGUUGUGUAAUAUGAUAUUGGUGCCGAGAAAGAAGAAGAUUGGGAAGGUGCCGGUGUAUCUGAACGUGUACGAUCUUACGCCGAUCAAUGGGUACGCGUAUUGGCUUGGUCUCGGAGUCUACCAUUCCGGCGUCCAAGUACAUGGCGUUGAAUAUGCUUUUGGAGCUCAUGACCAUGCAACGACUGGGAUUUUCGAAGUGGAACCGAAGCAGUGUCCCGGCUUUGUGUUUAGAAAAUCGAUUUUGAUCGGAAGAACGGAUUUAGGUCCGAAGGACGUCCGUGCCUUUAUGGAGAAACGAGCAGAGGAGUACUCCGGAAACACAUACCAUCUUAUCACCAAGAACUGCAACCACUUCUGCAAUGAUGUUUGCACCAGAUUGACAGGGAAGCCUAUUCCUCGCUGGGUCAACCGCCUUGCUCGACUUGGUUUCUUUUGCAAUUGUGUUCUUCCGGCUGGUCUGAACGAAACAAAGGUUCGGCAAGUAAGAUCAGACGGGGUUUAUAACGGAGACAAGAAGAAACUGAGCAGCCAUUCGACUAAUAAUGCAUCCUCAAAUCCUCGGUCCUCUUCAUUAAAAUCUUGCACUGCAGCGUCUACAGGCAGAAGUAGUAGACAAAGACACUGCGUUCCUCCGUCUCAAUCUUUGAUCCAUUCGUCCUCUACCUCAGCAUUGACUCUAAAGCUUUGACACCGUUUUUUAGUUUUAAAGACUUUAUAGGGUUUUAGAAUUUCAUUUGCACAAAAGAAUGGAGGAAUUGCAAAUUCUAAUUCUUUCCCAUCAUGUAAUCUGUUCCAACUGCUAUGUAAACAGCUGCUUGAAAUUUGUUGAAGUGCUUCUGUUUUCUGUAAAAA